UUUGUUGGUGUUUUUGUUGUCUGUCUUCCCCGCGCCAGCAAUGUCCUCGCGUCCGGAGUGGGACGCGUUCCUGCUGGAGACCGGCUCCUCGGACGCACCGUCGCCGUCCUGGUCCUUUGAGUUGCAUCCCUCAUGGCCGCCCGCGCCGUCCGCCGGCGCCGUCCUGGCCGUGGUCACCCUGCUGGCGCCUGCCGCCCUGUGGCUGGCGCUCACCCACCUGCGGCAGCGGGCCGAGGCCAGCCUGAGAACCAUGAGGAGGUUCCUGGCCAGCGCCAAGGACCGCAUGUCGGACGUGCAGUACGACCCCCGGUUCAGGCAGUGCCUCCGCGCACUCCGAGCCAACGACAAGAAGUUCGCCGAGCUGCUGAGGGCGUGCGACCGAGUGCCGGGGCAGCGGCCGUGCAAGCGCAUGUGCAAGCAGACUUUGGGGUGCGGCUCGGGCGACGACAUCGGCACGGAGGACUCGGACCUGACGCUGCUCCUGUCGGACGAGGAGGCCGCAGCGGCGGAGGUGGGCGCCGAGGAGGCGGCCGCGGCCGCGGGGCUCGGGGCGGCGCAGCGGCGCAUCGCGGACGAGCAGGGGUCGUGGUACGCGGCCGCGGCGCACGGCAUGUGCCUGCAGGGCGUGGAGGACUCGUCGGACGACGAGCAGGCCCAGCAGCAGCAACAGCAGCAGCAGCGCGCCGUGGCCCGCGACGAGCACCUCUGGCGGCAGCUCUACGCCGAGGAGCGGCGCCGGCGCCGGCCGCGGUGAAGGCCCGCCAUGAGAGACUGCGAGUCGCGGCCGUGUUGUUUUUAUUUUUCCCGACUGAAUAAAGUAUAGCGAGCCCUGAUGGCGAUGGCCCUGCCCCGCAUCUGUUCCCCUCCGGCUGAUCGCAUCUGAGAGCGGCCUGAGCCCGCCUCGCGUUCAUGAACUCUCUCCUCCAGCUCAUCACGGAGCUCAUCGC